AUGAUCAGACCACCCACCGGCGUCCCCUACGGUCCUUGUGUUCCACCUAGCACAUGGCCACUUGAUCACAUCCCCGGAACCAUCCUCGACAUCGUCAUCAAACACCUCUCCAGAGAUGCCAUCAAGUCUCAUACUUGUCAGAAAGGCCCCGGGUGCAUUUUCACUCCCAAGCGUGUCGGACCCAUCUUCACUCCUAUGUCGUCUGAACUGGCAACCAUGUCGCUCGUCGACCAUGCUACCAGGAAGGUCGUACUUCAGAAAUUGAUCCUGAACACCGUCGUACUCAACGACGCGGAGCACAUAGCUUCGACUUUAUCGAGCCUGCGACCCAGUAGUCUUGGCUAUAUCUGCCUGAUCAUGCUCUCGAGGACUGACAGUCCUCGCGGCUCCGAGGCUGCGGACCGGCUUCGGAAGAGAAUUAUCGAUGCCUGCCCUAAUCUGAUAAGCAUCAUGGAUGAGGAUCAAGAGAUUGCCUACAUGGACCACGCCUUCUCCCCAGCAGUUCGCGCCCUCUCCCUGGAGCUGAAGGAAGGUCCACUACUGCGGGCUACUCCGAUGCCGAUCAAAGCUCCGGGCUUGACUAAAUUGUCUAUCGCUGCGCCCAUUGACACCAUCAUGAGCAGCCAUGGCAACUUUGAAUCGGCCCACUACCCAGAUAAAGUAAAAGCUCUGUGCAGAGAGAUCACCCAUCUGGAGUCCCUCCACCUGAAUCCUCCAGGUCUUUGCGCUCCUUUGGGGUACGAAAGGAAAUACCGUCUUCCCCAAGCAUUAUUCAUGCGGGAUAUGCUGCCUAAGAUCUUGGCGAGCGUCACAAUCCUAGAACUUGCCCUCCCUCAAUUUUGUACCGUGGAAAAGGGCAGCAAAUACGAAUCCCACUGGUACGGAUGCUUGCAAUGGCUAUUCGAAACUGCUACAAAAAUCGAGCACCUCGUCAUCAAGAUGAACUGGAUCGAGGCUCUCGUAGGUCCAUCCCACAAGGACAGGUCCCCAAGAGCAGUUCUCGACUCCAUGGGCCUUACCUCCGUGCAUUAUGAUGGUGCCCGGGUCCCGAAAUCUCACUUGGUACAGGGAGACUCCGGCAUGAGCGUGGACAUGCGAAGCUUCCUUUCCGACAUGUUCCAGCUGCGAGUUGGUCUGAAGAGCAUCAGCAUACGAUGCGACGUCUCUCGUCCAGGUCACCUGUCAACCCCAUACCGCUCUCUCCGUCUGGAUGUGAAAGAAGGUCCCAAGCGUGGACAAAGGCAGAUGGACUAUGUACACCACAUCGAUUACGAAGUUGUCGACGCCGUCAUCGCGGCAGGUCACUAG